UGUCGCAACAUGGCACUCGCCACUUGAACCCAUGUUUUUAGACGACAAAGGCGUGGAUCCAUCGCUUCGUAUUAUCGGUGGCAACGAUGCUGGAAUUCAUGAGGUACCUUACACCGUGUCCCUACGGGUAUUCGACAGGCAUUUUUGCGGCGGCUCAAUAAUCUCACGUAACUGGAUAGUCUCUGCAGCCCAUUGCUUUCUACCUGUAGUACCGAUCGCCCUGGUACGAAUAAGAAGCGGUUCAAGUUUCAGCAACUUCGCCGGCACUAUGCAUAGCAUCAGUAGGGUAUACAGCCACGAGAACUUCACGCUUACAAAUCGUGGUUCGACUAUUCACGAUAUAGCAGUUGUUCGCGUAAGUCCGAGCUUUCAGCUGAACAAGAGCACGAGGCGACCUAUCGGUAUGUUCGAGCCUGGUCAGAAAGCCCCUGACAAUGCUGUAGGAGUGCUCUCUGGAUGGGGCGUGCUGCACGAGACUGACAACAAGAUGUCUUAUGUACUGCAAAAGGUCGAGAUACCACUGGUUCCAAAGUCCAAAUGUAGAGAGUUACUCAGAAAAUACGGUGGCCUUGCUAAAGGCCAGUUCUGCGCAGGAUUCAUGUCAGGCGGGAAAGACGCUUGUCAAGGUGACUCUGGCGGUCCAUUCGUAGUUGGAAGGAAACUAUAUGGGCUGGUAUCCUGGGGAAAAGGAUGCGCUAGGCGCUACUUGCCUGGGGCUUAUACCGAAAUCUCAUUUUAUAGGCAGUGGAUUAAAAAAUACACAGGUGUAUAAAGCAUUAAAUACUUCAUUUUUGCCUUGAUAUUUAAUAGAUGUGAUUACGUAAAACAUUGACACUUGUUACUGACCAAACCGAGUAGCUUCUAAUUAUAG